AUGUCGUCGCAAAAGCCUCGUUACGAUUCUGUAUGGGCUUCUGACUCGUCUGAGACCCUUUUUGGAGACAGCUUUACCGAUGACGACAGCUUGGCGCGAAGAAAACAAGCUUUAAAGACUCAAGAAGAGGAUCAGACACUUUUGCAUCGUACUGUCGUAGCUUCUAAACGACAAAAUCUUGAGGUGCAAUUUGAACGAGUUGCCAAGCAACGUGCUUUUAUUCGCCGUGAAAAGCGAAGAUUGUUGCUAAUGCACGCUUUGCUAUCUUCCGAGCGUGAACGUUUUGAAGCUUUCCGUUCGUCUGACUGGUUCUGUCUUGCAUCCUUUCCUGCACCUAAUGACCGUCGCGUGACUAUUGAUAUUGGUGGUCAACUCUUUGAACUCUCGGCAGCAGUGGCGUUAAAAGACUCUGCGUCGUUACUCGCUGCUUUCGUUCAAGACGAUUCGCCGCUAUGUGCUGAUGAAAGUGGCUGCUUUCGCGUCGAUAGAGAUUGGAGACUCUUUCGCCAUAUUUUGCGCUUCUUGCGAGAUGGUAUUUUGCCAUCCGACCCAAAGUUGUUACGUGACUUGUACGUAGAGAGCGAGUUCUGGCGGUUUGAGUCGCUGUUGAAGGCGAUUGAGAUCAAGAAUUUAGAGCUGUGGCAGCUAAAGCAAAGUAGAGACUUAAAAGCUGCAGCUGGUGAAUCAGUGGAAAAGGAUUCAAGCGCGUGGUGGAUGGAUCCUCCAGCAUGGUGGGGAAAAGCUUCACGUGGUACGCAGGUGAUGAACGAAAAUCAAACAAAAGUAAAGAAGAAAAAGACAGAGUUGGUGGACAAAUCAAAGACGGACAAGAUAAGCAAGGAUGAUUAUAACAAAAGUGAAGCGUGGUGGAACGACUGCACUUACAAAGGCAUUCAUUAUGCGGACAAUCUUGAUAAAGCUAAGAACGGAAGUGACGAGAAAACAAGCCAUCGUCAUCCACUUGUUUCGAAUGAUACGUGGCCAGCGCAAUAA